AUAAAAAGUGACUAAUUUUUUGUGAAAGCGAUAAAUUGAAAAAUUUCACUAGUUUGAAUUAAACCAGAAAAAGUUGUGUUUCAUAUUAAUUUUGUUAGCUGUAUUAAUUAGAAAUAUUUAAAAUAAAAUUUAGUUUAAAAGAACAGUUAAAUUCUGCAGAUUAAAAAAGACCAGUUAGAAUUGUAAAAUUCAUUAAUAUAAGAUAAUGGAUUCGUUUGCAAAAUACGGUCGGAAGAACAAUAACAACAACAUUCAUUAUAAAAACAAAAAGAAAAGUUAUAAGAAUAACAAUGAUCUAAAAAAUAUUUAUAAUGGGAAAGUAGAUUUAAAUGAAAACAAAUUUCAUAAUGGCGAUAACAAAAUUCAUACUGAACGGACCUUCGGCAGAAGAACACCACCAACAAAGGAUCCUUUUAAUACACAUAGCAAUGAUAGAUUAUUAAUGCACCCAAACCAAAACAUUAAUGUUAAAAUGCAAAAUUUAAAUAUUGCGAAAAAUACUGAGACAUUUUCAGAUAACAAUGUCGGUAUUAAAAGUGGUGAUAUGACUGAUAGAUUGACAAAUGAAAGUAUUAGAAAUUCGAUAAGCAAAAAGUAUUCAAAUUUUAAACAAAAUGCAAACAUUAAAGAUAAUUUUGAAAAACAAUUUAACGUAAAAGAUAUAAACAUUCCUGCUCAAAACGAUAUCAAACUAAAAAAUUUGGACUCUAAUGAAAUUGAUAUUUUAAAUGCAGAUUCAAAAAUAAUAUGUAAUGAACCAGAAUUGGAUGUGUACAAUGAAGAAAAAAAUAUUGAUCAUGAAAAUGAAAUACGACAUCCAUUAUGCUGCAGUUGGACCUUUUGGCAUACAAUUUCGGGCAAUUCAUUUAGAGAUUGUUUAAAUGAUAUUAAAGAAUUUGACACUGUUGAAGAAUUUUGGAGUUUAGUUAAUCAUAUGAUCCCACCCACACAAUUUUAUGUUGGUAGUGAUUUUUCGUUAUUCAAAAGUGGUAUUAAACCGGAAUGGGAAGAUAAAAGAAAUGAAAAAGGUGGUGCUAUAUUGAUUACAAUCAAAAAUGAAUAUGAAACAGAUAUAACAAAUAUGUUAUGGCGUGAUACAUUACUUAGUUUAAUCGAUGGCCAAACAUAUGGUGCGAAUUUUGAACAUAUUUGUGGUGCAGUUAUUAGCAUUCGACCAAAAUUACAAAGAAUUGCUUUAUGGGUUGCAAAUGGAAAAGAUAAUGUUACAAAUGCCGAUAUACAAAAACGAUUUUUAUCUUAUCUUAAAGAACAUAGUUUAUAUAAUCCUCGUAUUGUAGUUAGUUUUAAACAACACGAAACAUAAUGAUGUUCCUUUAAUCAUAUUUAGAAAUCAACAAAGAAAUUAUUUUCAUCUAUCUAAAUUUAAUUAAUAUUACCUAUAUACAUAUAUAUAUAUAUAUAAAUUUGCAGGAUAAAAUUCGCAUUUUAGUCGCAAACAUAAAUUUUAAAUGUAUUCGAAAAACCGAUUUUGGUAUAAAAAUAAAAUAAUUUAUAAUUUUUUGCGAAAAUUAUGUUAUUUCUAUUAAAAAUUUCAUAUUUUUAUAUUAUUAUAAUACGUAUGUUGUAUAAAUUCAAAAAUGGACAAGUUUUUUUUUUUUUUUUUGUAUUAAAAUUAAUAAAAAAAACUUGAUUUGUUAUUCAAACGAAACUGAAAGAAAAGCAAACAGAUUAUUCACAUAAAAAUAAAAUCUUAGAAAUGCCAUAGAGCGGACAAUAAUAAAUUUCUUAUUCUUUCUUUCUUUUUUUUUUUUUUUUUUUUGAUAAUGAAAUAAUUUUAUAUUUUUUUGUAAUCAUUCUAUGUGUUUUUGAAAUUUUCUAUCGUUUUUUUUUUUUCAAAUUUAAAAAAAAAAACAUUUUAUCAUAUCAAUUUUGCUUGUAGCAGCUGAUUAAAUUGUGAUAUGCGGGCGUUGUUUAUUAUUUUGCUUCGUAUAAUCGAUAAUUAGGUUUUGUUUUAUUUUUGGGAUAUGUUUAAUAUAUGAGAUAUGUACAUGUAUGAAUAGCAUGCAAUCUAUCAAGAGGAAGAAAGUGUAUCAAAAUGAAAGUUUACUUAAAAAUAAAAAACGAUGAAAGAAAUAGAAAUAAAAUAAAUAUUAUAAAUGUAAAAUAUAAAAAAUAUCAAAAGAGGACGUAGAGAAAACAAAACAAAAAAUUAAUGAAUCGAUGCUCACAAUUUAAAAAUUUGAAAAAAGAAAAAGAAUGUCAGAUAAAAAAAUAUGAAAAUUUGCUAAAAAAAAUAUUAAACUUAUUUAUUUAAAUUAAAAUUGAUUUUUAAAUUUGAAAAAUAUACUAUUUGUAAAUGCAGUGAUGAAUGUAUGUAUUUCACAUGCAUAUUUAAAAAUACACAAGUAAUUUAAAAUAAAAAUUAUUUCAAGACUUCAA